GGUGUUGCAUUGAAUUUUAAAAUCAGAAGAUCUAAUUUUGUUAAAAUAAACCCGACGUCCUCUUGGUUUGUGAAUGAAAAACAUCAAUUUACUUAAAAUCCUGACACUUAAAUAAUAUAUCCCACCAACUUGUUAGGCGUCAUUGGAGGUGAGACAGGUUGGGAGGCGCGCGGUCAGCCAACUAGCGGGCCGAGGGAUGGGUGACGAAGUGUUGAUUGUGCACUUCAACGAUGUAUAUAACAUCGAACCGACAACAAAUACGGAGCCGGUGGGCGGUGCACUGAGGUUUAGCACAGCUGUGAAAGCUUUGCAGCAUUUGAACCCACUCGUGUUAUUUAGCGGCGACGCCUUCUCCCCUAGCAUGCUAAGCACAUUCACAAAAGGCGAACAGAUGGUACCGGUUCUGAACGAAAUCGGGACGCAUUGUGCAGUUUUUGGAAAUCAUGAUUUUGAUUUCGGCCUCGACGUGCUAUCAAACCUGGUCGCUCAAUGCAACUUUCCCUGGUUAAUGUCGAAUGUCAUAGACAACGAAACCGGUAGACCGCUCGGCGACGGAAAAAUUACCCACGCAUUAUUAUGCAAUGGACAUAAAAUUGGACUCAUCGGCUUGGUGGAACAGGAAUGGUUAGAUACACUGGCGACCAUAAAUCCAGAAGAAGUGACUUUCAUCGACUUCCUGCAGGCGGGUAACAAGUUAGCGUCGCAGUUGAAACAAGAGGGUUGUGAAUACGUCAUAGCACUUACGCAUAUGAGAACGCCGAACGAUAUCAAAUUGGCUGAGGGUUGCACCGAUAUCGAUCUCAUAUUGGGAGGCCACGAUCACGUUUACGAAGUUCUAGAGAUAAACAACAAAUACAUCGUGAAAAGCGGCACGGACUUCCGGCAGUUCAGCAAAAUCAACAUCAAUUUCAGCUCGGACGUCGCGCGGGUGGAGAUAACAGACGUCGCGGUGAGCAGUUCUUACGCCGAAGACCCCGUGCUCAAGUCGAAGGUGGAAAAGUAUUCUGCCAUGAUAGACGGCAAAAUGGACGAAGUUCUCGGCAAGUUCUGCGUGCCUCUAGAAGGAAGGUUCUCCGUGGUGAGACGCCAAGAGUGCAAUCUGGGCAACUGGGUGUGCGAUGUCCUCUUGGCGGCUACCGGUGCCGAUAUGCUCUUACUCAAUUCUGGAACUUUCCGCUCUGAUCAGGUACACCCGGCGGGAGACUUCACCCUCCGCGAUCUGUCCACAAUCAUCCCCAUGCGUGAUCCCAUCGUGGUGGUGGAGGCGAGUGGGGAAGUCAUCCUAAAGGUUUUGGAGAAUGCCGUCUCCAAGUAUCCGAGCUUGGAGGGCAGGUUCCCUCAGGUAGCAGGCAUAUCGUUCGCCUUCGACCCCAGUAAACCCCCAGGGGAGAGGGUAGCGGAACAUGUUGUGAAGAUAGGCGACGAGUACCUGCAAAGGGAUCAGAAGUACCGGCUGGCGAUCAAGCAGUACCUACACUCAGGCAACGACGGGUUCACUAUGCUACCUCACUGCCCGGUUUUGGUGUCAGACGACAUGUGCCCCGAGAUCGGCAUGGCAAUACAGAACCACUUCGCGGCGAUCAACGUGCGCACGGGAAAAUCGCGUCCUUCCAAACACAGGCAAUCGUUGGUAACCCUAAGCCGGAGACACAGUCUGGUGAAGAUGUUAGACGGCAGCGAGUUGGAUGGACCUCCGCCUCUACGCAGGGCGUCUUCUGUUGCCGUCGAGCCGCAUAACACUCACCACAGAUUAACAAGACGAGCGUCCUUGGACGAUUUGGAGCAGAACGCGUGUGAGCUGGCGCCCAAAAUAGAGAACAGAAUCAUCAUUCUCGACAAACCAGAGAUACUUCAGGAACUAUUAGCCGAGAGAGCCCGUUGGGAAUCAGAUUCCGUAAUAAAAGAAGUGGAUGAAGACUCACCGUAAGCCGUAAGAAUGCUCUAACUACGUUAUACCGUCGAGAUUUCAUUCGUAAAGUUGCAUAUUUUAGCUUAUUUACAUAAGUACGACACUUGCGGACGAUGGCACUUUUGAAAGCUCGAAAGGGCUUUUAAUUUUAAACCCAGUUCCGUAAAGCCAGUUAAGUUUUGCAGUUUUGGCAGCUUACUGAGUUGUGAUAUUUUAUGAAGCAAUCGAGAGUUUUAUAGUUUAGUAUGCAGUGGCAGAGGGUAGGUUAAGUUUGAUAUUGGCAUUAUUGAGAUGGAGCAGAAAUACACCUUUUUUGGACCUUCUGUUUGAGAUUAUUGGUUGAUAAAACAGGAGUUCACAUUUCCGUUGCCACAUGUGUUUGGUCACAUUUUCUCACUUUUCAUCUGUAUACUCUGUGAACAUUUCUGACGAAACUGAAUUUUGACAGCCGAGUGGCGCAGU